GGCGGAGACGGCUGAGUUUCUGCUUAGCUGGCCAGCAGAAACUCGGGAGUAGUGUAGGGAGGAAGGCUGUCGUAUACAAAACAUUUUGACGGUGUUUGGAUGUGAAAGGACCAUGAAGGUCAGCGUGGGAAUUCUUUCUGCAUUGGCUCUGUUCCUCCUGAUGGGGGCAGUGUUCACUCAGAGAGCUCGGCCGAGGAAGCCUACAAAGAGGCCCACCGUUGCCAAGAGGCCCACCGUGCGCCUGCCGAGUCCUCCACCACCACUUGAGCCCAAGGAGCCCACAGACUUCCCUCCACCCAUCCUGGGUCCCCCGUCCAUGUUCGCCGACUGCCCACGGGAGUGUUUCUGCUCCCCUUCCUACCCAAACGCCCUCAACUGCGAGAACCGCAACAUCCGCACGAUUCCCGUCAUCCCGUUCAGAACCCACUAUUUGUACCUGCAGAACAACUUUGUCACUGAGGUGACAGCGGAUCCUUUCAUCAAUGCCACCGAGCUCCGCUGGGUCAACCUGGCCAACAACCGCAUCAAACGAAUAGACAGACAGGUGUUUGAGAAGGUCCCGGGGCUGCUGUACCUCUAUAUACAGCGCAACCAGCUGAAGGAGGUCCCUUCAAAUCUCCCAGCGACCCUGGAGCAGCUACGCCUGGGCAGGAACCAUAUUUCCAAGAUCCCAUCUGGGGCCUUCAGCAAAAUGGAGCACCUGACUCUGCUGGACCUAUACCAUAAUGAGUUAAGUGACAACGACCUGGGGAGAAACACCUUUAAAGACCUGAAGAACCUGAUGCAACUCAACCUAGCCCACAACAUCCUGAAAAAGAUGCCACCUGGCAUCCCCAACGGCCUCAUACAGCUCUUUUUGGAUAAGAACCGUAUAGAUGACAUCCCAAAAGACUACUUCCAAGGCUUCACCCACCUGGCUUUUGUCAGGUUGAACUACAACCAGCUGAGCGAUAAAGGAGUUCCUAAAGCUGUGUUCAAUGUGUCCACUCUGCUGGACCUGCAGUUGUCCCACAACCAACUGGCCUCUGUCCCGCUCUUCAAUGCCCAUCUUGAACACCUCCACCUCAACCACAACAGCAUUGAGAGUAUCAAUGGCACCCAAAUCUGUCCACUUAGCCUGCAGGCUGACCUGAAUGAUGACAAACUGACGCCCAGAUUGAGGUACUUGCGUCUGGAUGGGAAUCACCUAAAUCCCCCUGUCCCUCUGGAUGUCAUCAUGUGCUUCAGACACCUUCACUCCAUUGUCAUCUAGAACAGCCAUGUCUUGAGGCCGUCGGGCACGUGCAUGCACGCACGGUGCACGUAUACACAGGAACACACAAACACGCCGUUGUGUACAGAUUGAGGUGAAGGCUAGAAGGUGCUAACUGAAACGAAGAACAAGGUACACUCUCACUCUCUCUCUCUCUCUCUCUCCCACUCUCUCUCUCUCUCCCACUCUCUCACUCACACACACACACACACACACACACACACACACACACACACACACACACACACACACACACACACACACACACACACUGCAUAUCACAUUCUUAUCAAAUGGACCCUGAUCAAGAGAAACACCUUUACGGUCUUGACAUGUACGAGGUGAUUGAUUAAUGUUCAUCAUUUUCAUAAGUUUCACAGUUGCCAGAUUCCAGAGUGUUAAACCAAUGUAGAAUAAGGAAAAGUCAGUUGGGUCCAGAUGAGAAAAAGAGAACAAAUCUCUUUGA